CAAAGAGAAUAGAUGGAAAAAGAGACAGUCCUGUUUUAGAAACCUCCAACAAAAAAACAAAAACACAAACACACAAAAUAAAAAAAAAGGGACUUGCUCUUCUUUUAUAAUCCCAAAACCUCACACCUCUUACCUCAAAUCCUCUCUUCUCUUACUCUUCUCUCCACAGAACCAACAAAAAAAAAAAAAAAGCUUUUGUUUUUUUUUUCUUCUUGGGGUUUUUAGCUUUGGGUCUGAAAAAUGGGUAGAUGUGGUGGGAGAAACGGUAACGGAAACGUUACUGGCGUUGGAUUUAAGGGUAACGGUGGCGGUGGCGGUGGUGUAAGGCCUUACGUACGGUCUCCGGUUCCUCGGCUUAGAUGGACGCCUGAUCUUCACCGUUGUUUCGUUAACGCCGUCGAGAUGCUCGGUGGUCAAUACCGAGCAACGCCAAAACUUGUUCUUAAGAUGAUGGACGUGAAGGGACUCACCAUUUCACAUGUCAAAAGCCAUCUUCAGAUGUAUAGAGGAUCUAGACUCACUUUGGGGAAACCAGAAGAAGAAAGCUCAUCAUCAUCUUCAAUAAGAAGAAGAAGAAGAAGACAAGACAGUGAAGAAGAUCACUUGUCUUUACACUCAAGGAAUGAUUGUCUUUUGGGUUUUCACUCUUUUACUCUUUCUUCACAUUCUCCUUCUCUUCUUCUUAGCAGCAGAGGAGGAGGAGGACGACGAAGAGCAGAGCAGACGACUUCAGACUCUGGUUAUCAUGAUGUUGAUGAUCAUGACUUUCUUCCCAUCUUCAACAAGACGAUAGAUACGACGACGUUUCCAUCACAUCACCUCCUCCCCAAGGAAACAGAGGAGUGGCGGGAACAAGAACAAGAACAUGAAGAAGGAGAAGAAGAAGAAGAAGAUUUGUCGUUGUCUCUGUCGUUGAAUCAUCAUCAUCACUGGAGAAGCAACGGAUCAACGGUGAGCGAAACGAGUGAAGCAGCAGUCUCAACUUGUUCUGCACCAUUCGUCUCCAAAGAUUGCUUCGGUUCUUCUAAGAUUGAUCUUAAUCUUAAUCUCUCGAUUUCUCUCCUCGGUAGUUAAUUUAAAAGUAAGCGUAAAUCUUUGUUCUUAUUAGAUUCGUAGGUUCAGUGAAAACUAUUCCGAUGUGUUCUUUUGAAACUAGGAUUUUUAUGUUUUUCGAGAGAUUCAAAGUUUAUUAGAAAUCUUGAAAAAUAUAAUUUAUGAAUCCAA